AUAUAUACAGUGUUGGGAAAGUUCACUUUCUACAUGAACUAGUUCAAAGUUCAGUUCACAAAUUUUAAAAUGAACUAGUUCAGUUCAUAGUUCAAACUUCAAAAUAUAUUGAACUAAGUUCACAGUUCCAACUAGUUCAGUUUUUCCAAAUGUUUCUGGGAGCUAUUAUUUUUCUAAAUUAUUGCCACAGCCCAGAACCACAGACAGCAAUUAUUUUAUCAGUUUUAACACUGAAGCUAUGCAUCAGAUUUCAUCUUCAUAUCCAAUUUUGAAUCCUUAUCCAACCAGGGUUUACAUUAGCAUUGAGGGGACAGCAUUUCUCUAUUGUUGCUUUAAUGUUGCUGUCCAUUCAUUCCACACUAGCAGCAGCGUUCACCCCUACAGUACAUUCUCAAACACAUGCUGCUUGAAUGGUCUUUUUUAAAUAAGGAAUAAAAAUACGACAGUUAUCAUUAAGGUGCAAAUGUUUGCAAAGAAAGGUCAGAUUCCUCCCAUCCUCACCGACCUUGUCAGUAACUUCAUAAAACUCAUUUGAAUCAGAUCACAGAUGGAUUUGUGAACAGUAACAAAAAAUCUGGAUUGGAUGAAACUGCAUUUGAUAACAACAGGUGCUACGAAUGAAGACCUGCAUGAGUCAUUAGAUGCAUCAUUACAGACUCAUGGCCUGGAAUAAUAAAGUGGCUUUAGACAUGAUGGCGGCUGGAAGCGGUAGCUUCUGCAAAAUGUUUGGGUCUGUUUGUUGUGCGAUCAUCUCCAACAACACAGCUCCUGAUGACUCGGUGUCCCACGGACUAUACCGAACGAGAUCAACUCACUGUGAGUAACGCGUGGUUUGUACCGUGAGUAAAGCACGAGGUAAACACGAUGCUUGGAUCCCGGUGUGUCUCUGAAGGGUUGCCGUGUCUGGAUCUGAUCGUUAACCAAGACUUUGUUUUGUAUGUGCUUUCUUGGAAACAGGAGCGUGGUGAAUGGAUCUAUUUCUGAAAUUACAGAAGGGAUGUUUUCACUCAUGCCUUCUCUGCAGCUGCUGUAACUGCUAUUUUGGCAGACUUCUAAAUGCAAAUUCUUUGACAACAAUCAAAGAUGAUGCGUUCGCUGGCCUUCCACAUCUAGAAUAUUUAUUCAUUGAAGGGAACAAGAUUGAAUUGAUCAGCAAAAAUGCCUUUCGCGGACUGCGAGAUCUGACUCAUCUAUCACUUGCCAAUAACAAGAUGAGGUUUCUGCCAAGAAAUCUGUUUUUUGACUUGGAUUCUUUGCUGGAACUAUUCUCUGGUGGAAUCCUCGGCGCCUAUAAACCAAACGCCCACAAGAAUCGAUCAUUUGAGCUCAGUCAACCGAUCGCAGCGGCCACAUUGACCCGAGCUCCCCGAUUUCCAACCAUUCUCCUUUCAACACAAAGAAGAAACAAAAAUGGAAAUACUAAAAGACGCCAUCCUCAGAAGAACCCUUUGCACCGAGGAGGCACCACAAGCUGCUCCCGGCUUGCUGCAAAGGAUCUUCAGGUAUCUCAACCCCUGGGGUCAACCUCCCACGGUGACCCAGGAACAUCUGCAGAAGUCACCACUGCAGGAUGACUCAACCCACCCGGACACAAACCCAGAGACCAAGGAGGCACCACAAGCUGCUCCCGGCUUGCUGCAAAGGUUCUUCAGGUAUCUCAACCCCUGGGGUCAACCUCCCACAGUGACCCAGGAACAUCUGCAGGAGGCACCACAAGCUGCUCCCGGCUUGCUGCAAAGGAUCUUCAGGUAUCUCAACCCCUGGGGUCAACCUCGCCCGGUGCAGAAAGACUCAAUCUUCAGAAGGAUCUUCAGGUACCUCAACCCUUGGGGUCAAAAAAACCCAAACCAGGGAGUCAAGGGUGAACAAAACAAGACCAAAAAGACAAAAAAAAGGUUCAAAAUCAACCUGAUGAUGAUGGGACUCAAAUGGGGCUGGAGAACAAAGAUCAUGUAUUUCCUCCUCCUGUUUCUGUUUGCUGGUGGAGUGACACAGCACGCACACCUCAGCAACCAGCUACAAGACGCCCGGCUGAAAAUAACCACCCUCACGCAGCUGAUGAGCCGAUUGAGUCCCGUCGCAGACACAAUGGCCAACUUCGCCCAGGAGUCGCAGGGAGCCAGAGUCCUCCACCCCCUGUCCUCAGACACGUUCCGGACCUCAAUACAAGACAAAAUAAUGGACCAGCUGCUCUCCUGGGUCACAACCUCCACCGACCACCAAAGAAUCAUCCAGGACCACUCAAGGUCGCCCCCCGGAGCGUGCUGGUGCUUCGCCGGGGCCAAGGGACACGCCGUCGUCUCCUUGUCGCAUCCCAUCGAGGUCACGCACGUCACGAUCGGCCACAUCACAAAAAGGCAGUCACUCACCGGGGUAAUCAACAGUGCGCCGAGGGAGUUCUCCGUCUACGGAUUGGUGCACGACAACGACGAAGGCAUCCACCUGGGGAGCUUUGCGUACAGCAAGAACGGCCUGAGCUCCCAGACCUUUGAGCUGCCUGUCCCAGUCAAAGAUGUCUUCAGCCACGUCAAGCUGGAGAUAAAGACAAACUGGGGGGAUGAAGACCAAACGUGCCUCUACAACUUCAGGGUACACGGGUAUCCGGUGUCUGGUUAGGGUGUAGAAUGUCGACCAACCCUGAACCGUCCAAGAACAAAUGUCAUCAAAUGGAAUACAUAAAUAUGUGAACAUGGGUAUGCAUAAAUAGAUGUAUUAGAUGACAUGUUCACGGAUGUGUUCGGGUUGGUUUGCCUUCCCACGUGGGUUUUCCCCGGGUCCUCCGGUUUCCCCCCACACACCAAACACUGUUUGGUUUACAGAAUUAGGUCUUUUGGGGUUUUCUCCGGGUUCUCCGGUUCGCCCACAAACACACCAAACAUUGUUUGGUUUACAAUUGGCAGAAGAGAAUUAGGUCUUUUGGGGUUUUCUCCGGGUUCUCCGGUUCGCCCACAUA